GACGUCACACGCAUCUCGCCAGAAGGAUCAUGGCAGAGCGACCUCAGCUGGUCAAUAAUUCACCAGAGGACAUUGAGACUGAUGAGUGCAUGAGCACAUACACACACGUCUUCAGCCCUGAUCUUCUCAUUGAUCAGGUGGCUUUUAUAACCGGUGGAGGCUCAGGUAUUGGGUUUCGAAUCGCAGAAGUUCUGAUGAGGCAUGGUUGUGACACGGUCAUUGCCAGCAGAAAUCUGGAGAAACUCGCUGAGGCUGCAAAAAAGCUAACCAGCACUACAGGCAGACAGUGUUUGCCGAUUACCGUGGAUGUGCGUCAACCACAGACGAUUUCUGCUGCCGUGGAUGAAACCUUGAAGACAUUUGGACGUGUUGACAUACUUAUUAACAAUGCCGCGGGUAAUUUCUUGUGUCCGGCUACAUCGUUAUCAUUUAACGCUUUCAAGACAGUAAUGGAGAUUGACACUAUGGGAACUUUCAACACUAGUAAAGUCAUCUAUGACAAAUGGUUCAAGGAUCAUGGCGGCUCCAUUGUUAACAUUUCCGCCACACUGGGAUACAGAGGUCAGGCUCUCCAGGUGCAUGCUGGGUCAGCGAAGGCGGCAAAUGAUGCCAUGACGAGGCAUUUGGCGGUCGAGUGGGGCCCCAGUGGUGUGAGGGUGAACACAGUGGCUCCGGGCCCCAUCUCUGGCACAGAGGGAUACCGUAGACUGGGUGGUUCACAUUCCGAGUCAGCCGGGGUUUUCCGCAGCAUCCCGCUGCAAAGAGCCGGCAAUAAGACGGAGAUCGCACAUGCAGUUCUUUUCCUGGCCAGUCGCGCGGCUUCAUACGUCACCGGCGCUAUACUGGUCGCAGACGGAGGGGCGUGGCUCACCUCAGCCAAUGACGUGGAGCGGCUGCUGGUUUUUGGUCUGCAGAGAAAAGAAAGAAUAAAUAGCAUGAAUAUAGAGGAUGAAAUCAACAGCAAUCAACCAGUUGAUCGUGCCAGCAUCUGUAUGAUAAUUGUUGAAUAUUACAAAAAUGCCCAUAUUAUUUUUCACCCCAAAAUUAAAGAAAAAAAAGAAAAGAAAUUAUAUUCUGUGUUAAGAAAAUUAAGACUAAUUUUAGGGAUUUUAAAAUUAAACAUAUUCACCCAAAUUCUAAUUUAUAUAAUGCUUUUGUUACUGUUUUUAGUUGUAAAUUCUCAUUCUUUUCAUUGGAUUUUCAGCGUAAAUUAACAUCAGUACAAAGAACAAGUUCCAAUUUUAAUUUUUAAUUUAGUUUUCCUACUUUAUGAUAAUGAGUUACUUUUGUCCCAUUACAGAAAUGACUGCAUUCUUAUGCAAAUAUAUUUUCUAAUUUUCUUCCUUUAAUUUUGAGGGGAAAUAUGACGAACAUGUUUUUGAAUUUUAUGAGAGUCACCUUUUAAGAUAUUUAUAGAUACCCUUAAACUGUGUCUUCUCAUUAUUACAUGACAGUUGUUGACAUUUCAAGCAUGUUUAACCACAGAGUAUUAGUUAUUAUAAUGUAUUUACUUCUGGUAACAUAAAUUAUCACUUUAGCACUACAUUUAUGGCAUUUUUUAAUUUUCAGUUACAGUACAUGUAUAAAAAUGUAGACAAAAAUGAUGUAAAAAUGAUCGUGUUCUUAUGUAAUUACAUAAGUGUUCUCAUAAUAAAUCUUUUAUAAUUUUUUAAUUC